AGGUGUUGCUUGCAUAGCUUUCCUUCUCUCUCAAACUUGUCAAGCAACUAACUUCCUCCAUUAGUUGCUUGGUGUGUGCUCUCUCCCUCUGUUUCUGUCUCCUCCUGGCUCCUACUUAUACACUUAAUUUAUCUCAAAGUUGUCAUAAGAGCUACUUAACAUGGCCCAACACAACCUAUUCUACGCAGUUUUUAUCUUCCUUACCCUCAUGUUCAUUCUAGAAAUCCAGUUUGUUGAGGGACGGCAUUUGAAGUUUCACUCAGAAAAACUCAAUACCUACAAAAGAUUUCUUGCAAAAGAAACAACAAAGGUCGACAUUAACUUUGACAUUAAAGCAACAGACACUGAUGUGCAGUCUCCACCAGCAGCGCCAUUGACACCAGGUGCCGUGGCUGGAGCAUCCCAAGGCCCACCACCACGCCAUGUUGAUGACUUCAGGCCUACAAUGCCUGGUCACAGCCCUGGUAUCGGCCACGCCACUCAGAACUAGGACAAGUUAAUUUCUUUGUGCAUGGCUUUAAUUAGGAAAAUGUAUGCUCUCAUUAGUCCAUUGUGCUAAAAUGUGCCUAAGUAGUCAUUUCCUCUGUUAGCUAGAGAUCUUGAGCUUAUUUUCCCAAGUAGUCUUGUAAUGUCAUUAAUAUCAUCACCUUUUUUUCACUAUGCAGUAUUUUUACA